CAACAUGGCUCAUUGCAAGGCUGUUCUCGUUUUGGCUGCAACGCUGGUCCUAGUGGUUGCAGCAGAUGACCAAGGACCAGAUGGUAAGAGGAAGUGCCACAUUCCCAAGAUAUUUCAGGACAUAGAUCAAUGCUGCAAGCCACCAAUGCCAUUGAGCGACAGUUACUUCCAAGCGUGCAUGAAAGACAAACGCCCAAUGAACGCGACCUCAGGAAGCGAGCCUACUCCUCCCACAUCGUACCAGAGGAUGUGCUUGAUGGAGUGCGCUUUCAAUGGCUUCAAGUACCUUAACGGAGGGAACCUCAACACAGCAGCAAUUCGUUCUGCUUUUGAAAGUUCCGUCAACUCUACUUGGAAAGCACGUGCUCGACAGAGCGUCACUUCGUGCUUGUCUGAAUUGAAAACAAAGUACCAGAGUUCGUCGGUGCCUACUGCGCCGAGUGGUGAGAAGCAGUGUGACGGAAGGCCAGCCUUCCUCGUGACCUGCAUACACGUCAAGUACUAUUCAACCUGCUCCUCUAACAUAAAGAAAUCUGCGUGCGCUUCCAACCUUGAUAAACUGGUCAGCAAGAGCUACAUGGACGUGUUUCUGAACGGCGACCAACUGUAAAAUGUAAAAUGCAUCAGAUGAUGUGGUCUUAGCCAAUGAAAUUAAUAAACUUUUAAAUUGAUUCAUUAA